AUGCUGUUGACCCGACCCACUGCUUCACAAUCAAUCCAGCAACAUCAGCAACAACAACUCCAACAACAUUACUCCGACCUACACCACCAGUAUCAGACACAAUCACAACAUUUCUACCCUCACUCGAUCGAUUUUGACCUUGAAGGCUCCUUUGACGACACUGCUCCCGACCUCACCUCGUCGAGUAUAUCCUCGUCUCCGCUCUCGACUCAAUCCUUUCUCCCUUCCCAUUACUCUCUGGCAAACAACUCGGCAAGCCUUGCAAGUUACGACACGCCUCAUCUGACCGUCCCAAGACGAUCAGCGACAAGCACUUCAGGCUUCGAAGAAUCUGCUUUGAACCACAACCAUCAGCAAAACCUCAUGCAGUCAGACGCCUGGGUACUCGGGAAUCAGUACGCUCCCAAGACCGGUGGUCGACUACCUCAUCAGCGGGAGUCAUCUUUGUCUUCGCUCGGUUCAGCCGGUCCCGCAUCACCCUUCAGUCACAGUACAACGAAUCCCCAAAUCGCGGUAACAGAUUCAACACCCGACGUUCUGUACGAUAUGCAGGCUCACGACGGUAAUGCCUUCUACCAGUUGUCCAACAAGUCAAUGGCGGUGUCCCACGACAACAUGUAUCCCAACUACAACGGACUGCAGAACUUAUCAUCAGACAUGGCCGGCUACGCCUCAGCCUUGAGUGUUCAACGACCACGAUCUGACCGCGGGUUAUUACCUGCGCCUGAACUCUCUAUGGCUGGUAGCAGAUCUCACCCAAACUCUGUGGCAAGCUCCAUUGCUGGAGACUCACCCGCAACACCGUCACAACUCGAGCACGAAGAUGACAGGCGGCGGAAAGCUGUCUUCAGCAACGUACCCAAGCUAGACCGCACGAUGACAGACAUCUAUAAUGAUGAACUGUAUAGCCCCAAUUUCACCAUUACCUCGGCAGCUCCGGCUCAAAACCACAUGGCUGUAUCUCCUAGCAAUGACGUGUUUGCGCAACGACUUAGCGCUGCAAACAACCAGCACUUGAGUGCAGCACAGUCGCCAGUCUCUAGUGUGUCACGCGACCGUUCGCCAUUCCGUCAGGGUUCACCGUUGGCACCGAUGCCCAGUCACGACUUUGGUGGAGGUGUUCAGGCCUCUCGUCUACGAUUCAACUCGGCCCACCAAAUCCGGGAACAGAAGAAGGCGGAGCAAGAUGCACAAAUUAUGCGACAACAAAUGUCUGUAAAGUCGGAGCCGGAAACCCCGAAAACUAUCUCUCCAAAAGACGCGAUGCUCGAAUUCCACGAUGGCGAUGCCGAAUCAUCAUUUUCACUCUUUCCAUCUCAGGAGACGGUGGAUUUUGAAGACAUUGCAAAGGCAGUGGUCACGCAGGACCAACAGGUCAAUUUUGCGAGGUCUGCCAUGCAAAAUGGGGCAGCCUUCCCUUAUAUGCCCGCUCAGCUUCAGACCGCUGUCCACAUUCCACAGCAGUACCCGUUCAUUGCUCAUCCACGACAAUCUCAUGAGCAGAUUCCUCGGCUUAGCUCUGCCGAGUCAAGCACUGGGGGAUCCGAUGCUACUUCGACUUCAAAUGCGGUGGGGGGGAGAGCGCUGUGGUGCAUUGUUUCCUGA